AAUUUCGCGGAUCGCACACCGCAGAGCGCAUCCAGAAAUCGGUGGAAAAGAUGAUGAACAACUGGGGAAUUGACAAGCAACGGGUCCAUGUAAUUUUGCGUGACAACGCGGCAAAUAUGAAGAAAGCUAUGAGGGAUAUGGGGGUGCCGAGUGUGGGCUGUGUCGCCCAUUCCUGUCAACUCUGUGUGCAUGAGGGCCUGCUGUCUCAGCGCAGCGUGACGGAGACCCUGGCCAACGCAAGGAAGAUUGUAGGCCAUUUUAAACACUCCCCGUUGGCCUACUCUCGACUAGAAGACAUACAGAUGGACCUAAAUAUGGAUAUCAAGCGCCUACAGCAAGAUGUACAGACACGAUGGAACAGCAGCCCCUACAUGCUGCAGAGCCUACUGCAACAAAAACGUGCUCUUAGUGUAUUUGCAGCUGAGUGCACUCUACCAGCAACACUGACAGUUCACCAGUGGGAGCUGAUGAAUAAGACUGCUGAUCUGCUAUCCCCCUUUGAAGAGCUGAUCAGAGUGUGAGCAGGGAGACUGCAACUGCAGCUGAUGUGAUCCCUGCCAUAACAG